AUGUUGAAUCUUCCUAGGGAUUUGUCAGAGGAGGUGCUGUGUAGAAUUCCUUUGACAGGUCUGAGAAAAGUCCGAUCUACUUGCAGAAAGUGGAACACUUUAUCCAAAAACACCUUCUUUGCAAAGAAGCAUCUUGCUCAGGAUGCAGAAGCAGCCAAGGAGGAGUUGAUGGUGGUGGUGAUGGAUUAUAGCCUUUAUCUGAUGGGAGUGAAUCUUUCCGACAAGGAAUCAUGUAUAAAGCGACAGAGCAAACUUAUUUGCCCCGAAAUCGAAGUGUUCCAAGUGUUUCAUUGCGACGGUCUAUUGCUAUGCGUGUCUAAAGACCACACGAAGCUGGUGGUUUGGAACCCGUAUUGCGGGAAGCCCCUGUGGAUCGAGCAAGGCAUAAACCUCGGUUUUUGCGUGACUCUCGAUGGGAAUGCCUACUGGCUUGCUACAGCUGCGGUUUCAGGAGAUUGCUGCUUAGUCUGUUUUGAUUUCACAAGAGAGACAUUUGGGCCGCUGUUGCCUCUGCCUUUCGAGCAUUUCCCUCAAGAUGGAGAUACUGUGAGUCUAUCUGUCUGUGGAGGAGGAGGAGGGAAGAAGCUGGCGGUUUUGUUUCAGCCAUGGGACACUUUGAAGGUGGAGAUAUGGGUUACGAGCAAGAUUGAGCCCUGA